AUGGAUCCUUGGUCUUCCAACGAGUGGGUCGAAUCUACUGAACCCGCCACUUCUUCAACAUUACCACUUGAGCUUGACCUGCAACCAAAAAGCGAACACCUUCCUAAUCAGUCUACCUGGCCUGUCCCCGACUUGAGCUUACCCAACUGGGACAACCCAUCACCUCCGAAAUCAAGCUCACCUACCCCAGUUUCAAAUGAUCUCCCUCCGGCCGACUCGUCCGACUCCCGAUCGAAGCUUGAUCCAGUCGCACUGCCCAUCGAAACUCUCACUAUCAACACCCAAAUCAGUUCGCCUGCGAGUUCAAACCAAUCUGUAUUCAAGACGCCUGACUCUGCUGGCUCAGAUAAAUGGGCCCAGUCCAACCAAUUGCCCGUCAAUGAGCCACCGAAUAGCUCACAUGAGUCUGCUAGCUCAGAUGCUGUCCAGAUGACGUCACCAGCCAUCGCCUCAGCUUCCAUCUCCGCCGAUCUUAGUCAUUCAUCCCGGCCCGGCCCAGGUCCCGAUCCCGACCUUGACAGAUGGGGAACAUUCACUCAGACCGACCUCCCCCCAAUCGCAUCGGUCAUCCCCUUCCCUAACCCCGAGCCCCCCAGUUUUGAACCCACAUCGCCCAUCCAAUCCGGCUGGGAUGGUGAGACUCACCUCGGGGGGUGGGACGAUGGUCUGGCUAUUGACCGUCCACUCCCCUCCCUAGGAACCUCGAUAUCCAUUCCAAGACCAGAAGAGGAUCAUGAUGACGACGAUCAGCUUGACCAAGGUUGGUCCUCACCUCAUUUAUCGGAUCCCGAUCAUUCCAAUCGUAAUGACACCUCGGAAGAUGCUUGGGAUCCAUCGGGGGCGCAUGGGACGGGCGCAAUUUCCUCGUCCGUCUUCGAUCAAGGUGAUUUGACUCCCGUCCAGGCAGGGGUGUCUGCUUUAAGCCCUGGUGAUCAACUGACUGGUAAUUCGGGGCAGUUAUCCAAGGAUCAUUUGCCCGAGUCUUCAGAUAGACGCACCGAAAACUCGUCCCAGACCGCGGAAACCAUUGGCGCUUUCCAAACGGCCAUGUCCAAAACUGCCCAAGCUGCCACUAGCAUGUUGAAAUCUGCGAAUGAACCCAGGAACUUAUUUUCCAAGGCGAGCACUCAAUCAUCCAUCACCGGAUCCUACGCGGUCGAUUCCACAAAGCCUGCGAACUCAACCAUCUCCCCGGAUCACUUGUCGUGGGGCGAUUUUUCGGCCUUAGGAAAACCAGAUUCAAAAUCCGAUGCGCUUGCUAUGCCUGAUUCUCAAAAGACAGCCCAACAGCAGGAUCAGAAGAAGCGCGCCAGUUUUUUCGGGUUCUGGUCCUCAAAAUCUCAACCGGCACCUACACCUGCUUCUCCACCCACUCAGAAUACGGCUAUCGGCCCCUCACCGUUGGCACCGAUUGGAAUUCCUGACCCACUUACUUCUUCUUUGAACCACGCUAGAGGCUCAGUUUGCAGCGCUAGCACCCCUUCAACUCCUUGGCCUGCUCCGUCGCCUGCCUCUCCUGACGCGGCGCAAGACCCAGCGCCAUCAGCCAUCUCACGCCUCUUUGGAAGGCUUGGGGCUCGCUCCAAUCACUCUUCGAUCAGCACCUCUACUCUAGAUGAACAAUGCGAAAUCACCGCUCCAUCGACCGAAUUGAAUGCCAAUGACAUCAAAUUCUUAGAUCAGGUCAAAACUGUACCACUUGAGCCAAAAAUCGUGCCCUAUGACGACUUUCCGAGCAGAAGAAAUGCUAAUCAGACCGAAUGGACUGCGAAAAACACAAGCUCACAAUCUGAAUCGGGAAUUUUCGGUUUUCUCUCAGAGAAUAGCACAAGCUCCAAAAACCUUGCUUCUCAGCCCAGUUUCCCCAUCGGCAAAGACCCCUUCGAAUUCCUUGACUCACUAUCUGGUGACUCUAGCCGACAGAAACGUAAUUUGGGUAUUCAAGGCUCAUCAUCGGCACGGUCAUCGUCGCCAAAAUUAACAACAAUGUCAAGCUAUCCCCACGUUGCUCCAUUGUCAAGUCAUUCAAACAACUCUACGAUAUUUGCCGUUUCAGGCCCUACUGAUCAGAAACCUGUGGGGGAUGACUUGGAUGAUUUAUUCUCUCACUUUCAAGGUGCCGAGAUUUCAACCCAAGCCAAACACAGCCGGCCAUCUCCGUCUGGGAACAACUCGGCCGCUCUACGCGGGUUUCAAAAACCUUUGGGGACCAAGUCAGUUCCACCCCUAGGUUCAACCCAAGUACGCAUGGCCAGUACGGUCCCGAAGCCCAUCCUACCUCGAGACUCCCACAGCUUCCCUUCCUCGUCAUGUGCCUCAACAUCGAAAGUGCCCAUUCUGGCCCCACCCCCUUCUUCUUCUCGGCCCAGCACAUCCGGUCCGAUCCCGUUGAUCCCACCUCCCCAAAACAAUAUGAAUAAACAAGUAGUAGUACAGAAUUCAAACUCUCAGUUUGGCGCCUUGAACUCUCUCUCUCCUCCCGGUCAAAACGUGAACAAGGACCUGCCCUUUCGUCCGCCUAACUCACUGUCAUCUUAUUCUCAGACACCACCAUUAUCAAGUACUACUACUAAGUCUGCAUCACACAAGCCCAAUAAAGCUAACCAACCUGGCGGAUUGUCCAAAGAGGAUCUCAGCUUCUUCGAUUCUUUGAUAUAA